AUGCCCGCAAACAUGUCGAUGGUCCCCUAUAACGGGGGCAAUCAUGUUGUUUUGCGACACAAUGACUCUGUGGUUGUCUUCGAUCACGACUCCCAGCAGCUCGUUCUCCGCAACACGUCAGAUACCGACCAUGGAGAUAUGGAGCUCACUAACUGUCCGCUCUGCCAUCGCCCCAUGAAUGAAAAUAGCAGGGGACCACAACGGCAGAAUGAGGAACCCGAGGGCGAAUUCGUCAACCCAAAUUACUUUCGCAUGCUCAACAACAGCCUUCCCAGCUCGGCAAGCUCAUCAACUCCCCCAUCUCCACGCCGCCGUCUGGUUCAACCCGCACUACCUGGCGGGCCAACAUAUGAGCCGUCUCCUCAACCUACCUCCGCGCCACAAGGUAUCUCGUCUGCUGCGUUCAGCCCGGAUUACUUCAAGAGGUUUUUUGUGGAAGAGCGUGUUCUGGGAAAAGGUGGGAAGGGUGUGGUGCUACUAGUGAAACACGUGCUGGACAGUGUGUCACUGGGCCAUUACGCCUGUAAGCGUGUGCCCGUUGGCGAUGAUCAUGAGUGGUUGGAGAAGGUUUUGGGAGAAGUGCAACUUUUGCAACACCUCUCGCAUCAGAACCUAGUCUCGUAUCGCCAUGUUUGGCUUGAAAACGCAAAGAUUAGCACAUUUGGUCCCAGUGUGGCCUGUGCAUUUAUUUUGCAACAAUACUGCAAUGCAGGCGAUCUGAACGACUAUAUCUGCGGCACCGUCCAAACAUCAACCACCGCGCAGCAGUUAAAGGAUCGCCUUCGCCGAAAGUCGAAGGGCGAACCGGAGCCACAGUCCAAUCUGGGAGGACCUCGCAAACUUCAACUUGAUGAGAUUUACUCCUUUUUCCGAGAUAUCACCUCCGGGCUGCGCUACCUGCAUGCAAAUGGAUACAUUCACCGUGAUCUGAAGCCACACAACUGCCUUCUUCAUGAAACGGGUGAUGGAAUCAGGGUACUUGUCAGUGAUUUCGGUGAAGUGCAGCAACAAAAUGCGAUGCGCAAAUCCACAGGGGCGACUGGAACCCUCUCAUAUUGCGCGCCUGAAGUUCUCCGACAAGAGUAUCCCGAUGGGCCUUUCGGAAAUUUCACUUUCAAGUCAGAUAUCUUUUCCCUGGGGAUGAUCCUCUACUUCCUGUGUUUUGCGGCUCUCCCAUACGCCAACGCCGACAUUUUAAACGAAGAAAAAGAAGAUCUGGACCAGCUUCGUGCUGAAAUCACCAGCUGGGCUGGGUUCGACCAUGCACGAACCAUUCGUCCCGACCUCCCCGAGAAGUUAUACCGAUUCUUGGAGCGAUUGCUUUUCGUUGACCCCGCCCGACGGCCAUCUGCCGAAGAAGUGUUGAACGGAAUACAAGUCGGAGCAAAUGCCAAUGACAACUUCCGGUUCCGAAAACCCAGCACGAGCUCAACAAGUACGGAAAUCCCCGGUGCUCGAAUUCAAAGUCUGGACAAACCACGGACAUCUUCAGAGCGAACUCUUUCGCCUAUAAAAAAGAAUCCAAGGAAUGCAACGUCUUUCCGGCGGGACUCAAUGUUUGACCCAAGUCAAUUUAGAGGCAGCACCGCACCUGUUCCUGAUGCCGCUGAAAGUUCUCUCAGCUCAAGUCCAGAUCGAGACAUCGUCAUCCGGCACCGGCAUUCUACCUCUUCUCCCAUUUCUUCUAAUGACUUGCAUGAAAAAACUCCGUCGCCGCUCUCUCAACCUCAGCCUAUUCCUCAACAUCAUCUCUUGCCUCCGCCCCCAAGCCGCUUUCCCAGGCUCCACGCUUUGGUUUCUUUUGCUUCUUCUUCACCUGUUGUACAGAUCGUUUUUUUCCUUACCAAGGUUGCCUCACUUCUCCACCCCUGCUCGCCGCUGGCCGUGAAUCCUUGGAUUCUUUACCCUCUUCUCCUCUCCGCAGCAUUGACUUUGAAGGCGCGCAGCGUUCGAGUACAGUCUCUUGCUGUCUUGAUCCACCUGCUAGUCGUCGGACUCGGAUUCCGCCUGGGUGGUCUCUGCGUUUGGCACAUACGUCCAGAGGAUGAAAUAUAA